AUGGCCGUCUCGAUCCAGGACCGGACCGACGAGUUCCGCUCCAUCCUCGCCCAGGCACAGCGACGACAGGCCCAGGCCAAGACCGGAGCGCAGCGCCAGUCGCUCCUCACAGCCCAGGAAAGGGCGCGCGCAAGCCACUCGCCGCAGCGGCAGCGCUCAGAGUUUGCGCGCAAUGCCGCCGACGUCGCGCGCGGAGUCGCGAGCACAAUGCAGAAGCUGGAGCGGCUGUCGCAGCUGGCCCGCCGCAAGACGCUGUUCGACGACCGCCCCGUCGAGUUUGACGAGCUCACCUUUGUCAUCAAGCAGGACAUGACGGCCCUCUCGGGACAGGUCCAGAGGCUGCAGCACAUGAACGCGAAGCUGCACCCCAAGGCCAAGCCCGGCGCCGACCAGGAGGGCGAGCACAACACCAACGUCGUGCUGCUGCUAAAGGACAAACUGCAGAACGUGGGCACAAACUUCAAGAACGUGCUCGAGGUGCGGACCAAGAACAUGCAGGCAUCGCGCUCGCGGACGGAGCAGUUCCUCUCGACCGCGCAGUCGUCGUCGACCCUCGACCCCGGCCGCACAGACUCCCCGCUCUACCAGACCCCGCAACGGGGCCGCUCGCCAGGGGAGUUUAAGAACACAAACGCCGCCCACCAAGACCUGCUAUCGCUGGAUCCCUCGGGCUCGUCGGCUCUCACGCGCGGCGGCCCCCAGUCCGACGCACAGCUGCUGCUCAUGGAGGAGGCGCAGCCGCAGAACGCAUACAUCCAGCAGCGCGGCCAGGCGAUAGAAUCCAUCGAGUCCACCAUCCAGGAGCUGGGAGGCAUCUUCAGCCAACUGGCGCAGAUGGUGUCCGAGCAGGGCGAGCAGAUCCAGCGCAUCGACGCAAACACCGAGGAUGUAGUCGACAACGUCGAGGGCGCGCAGCGCGAGCUCAUCAAGUACUGGAGUCGCGUCCAGGGCAACAGGUGGCUCGUUGCGAAAAUGUUCGGUGUGCUUAUGAUUUUCUUCCUUUUGUGGGUGCUCAUCUCGGGAUAG